AUGGUCGAAUUUGAUGAGCUCGUCGAAAGAGGAAAAGAACUUGGAAAAGAUGGUGUGAAUUUAGGACGAGUAAGUUUUUAUUCCAGUUCUAGCUCAGAGCCUUAACCUUAGCCUAGAGCGCUAGGCCAGAGCCCUAGCCCGGAGCCCUAGACCAGAGCCCUAGCCCGGAGCCCUAGACCAGAGCUCUAGCCCAGAGCUCUAGCCCAGAGCCCUAGCCCAGAGCCCUAGCCCAGAGCCCUAGCCCUGAGCCCUAGCCCAGAGCCCUAGCCCAGAGCCCUAGCCCAGAGCCCUAGCCCAGAGCCCUAGCCCAGAGCCCUAGCCCAGAGCCUUAAGUUGAGCACUUUAACUACUUUAGCCUAAAAACCCGUACUUGCCUUUAAAACCUUACGCUUUUUUUAAAAAAUUUUUACCCUGCCUAAAUCAUCGGCCUUUACCUUAAAAAUCACUACUUUACCCUGCCCUAAAAACCGAUCCUUACCUUUAUAACCCCACCCUUACCCUUAAAAUCUCUUCCCCCCCCCCACUUACUUUUAAACCCCCCCCCCUUAAAAUACCUUAAAAACCCCGCCUUUACCUUUAAAACUUUACUCUUACGUCUACCUUUUAUAACUCUACCCCUAUCUAGAAAAAUCCACCAUUAUUUUAUAGUCUACUCCUGACUCAAAAAUGCGCCUGUCUCUACCUUACCGUAGCCUCAGCUCUUAACAUUACCUUACCUACAGUAGCCUGUACCUCACAACAGGCUAUACCAAAACGUUUUUUAUUUUAGGACAAUCUUUUGGGAACUACCGCCGCCGAUCAAUCCUUCACUGAUGUUCUUAUAGAGUGAGUUUUUUUUUAAGUGUUUAUUUUUUUUGGCUAGGUCUAUUUGAUCUUGUUUUAAAUUCAUUUUUGUCAAUUUUUUAAAUUUUUGGCUGGGUUUUUUAAUAUUUUUCAUUAAUAUUGAAAUUAAAAUUUUUUUUAAAAUUUUUUUAAAUUUUGUAGAUUUUUAUUGAUUUUUUUUAUUUUUAAAAAUUUCGAAUUUUUUGAAAUUUUGAAAUCUUUAUUUAUUUUUUAUUUUUAAUUUUUUAAAUUUUUUUACACUUUUAAUUAAUUUUUAGAAAAAAUUUUUUGAAAUUUUGCAAAUUUUUAUUGAUUUUUUUUAUUUUUAAAAAUUUCUUGAAUUUUUUGAAAUUUCGAAAUUUUUAUUUAUUUUUUCAUUUUUUUUAAAUUAAUUUUUAAACCUUUAAAAAAUUUUCAAAAAAAUUUUGUGAUUUUUUUUUAAAUUUUUAAUGAAUCUUUGAAUUUUUUUACCUAAAACCCUAUUUUUUUCAGUAAUUGGUACUUUGUGGCUGGCGGUGUGGCUGUGCUUGUCCUAAUCCUUGUCUUGUCAGUGUGUUGUUGCUGCGCAGCAAAAAAGAAGAACCAACAACAGUAG